UCAUAAAAUCUUUGAAUCUUCUUCGUUUCUCUUUGCAGUGACAAAAUAAAUAAAAGGUUCCUUCUUUAUUUUGUGUUAUAGGGAUCAGAUCCGAUCUAUCAAUUCCAUUUUUGCAUAACCCUAAUCUCUCCCCAAACACAGCGAAAAUUUUCAUUGUUCGCCAGUAGAGAAAAGGAAUCAAUUUCUCAAGGGUCACAAAUACAGUCAAAGGUGGUUCAUUGAUCCCCAUAUAAUAAGAGUGGACAAACUCUGGUUACUCAAGUUCAGCUAUGAGCGUUCUUCAUCGUCGACCUAAUUUCUGACUUUGAAUGCAACCAAAUUGUUUAACGUGAUGGCAUCUAUGCUUAUGGAUGUAAUGAAAAAUUCAUUCGAUUGGAUUCCAGGGGCUCUAAAUGCUGAUUUUGCUGGAGCUGUUGUUUUUGGAACUCCAAUUGGUGGCCAUUAUGUCGUAGAAUUUGUUCUAUUGGUCGCUGUCGUUGUCUUACUCCUCCAGAAGAGUUACAAGCCCCCUAAAAAGCCACUGACAGAGAGGGAAGUAGACGAACUUUGUGAAGAUUGGGUUCCAGACUCUCUAAUUCCUCCGAUCACAGAAGAGAUGAAAUGUGAACCUCCUAUAUUGGAAAGUGAUGCAGGGCCACAUGUUGUAAUUAAGGGGAGGGAUGUUGUGAACUUUGCUUCAUCAAACUAUCUUGGAUUAGUAGGAAAUGAAAAGUUAAUUAAGUCAUGUACCGAUUCGCUGGAUAAAUAUGGUGUAGGUUCUUGUGGUCCACGGGGAUUCUAUGGAACAAUUGAUGUCCACUUAGAUUGUGAGGCGAAGAUUGCAAAGUUUCUGGGAACUCCUGAUUCAAUACUCUAUUCAUAUGGAAUUUCUACAAUGUUCAGUGCUAUUCCUGCAUUUUGUAAAAAAGGAGACAUAAUUGUUGUCGAUGAAGGUGUUCAUUGGGGAAUACAGAAUGGGCUUCAUCUCUCAAGAAGCACUGUUGUGUAUUUCAAGCACAAUGAUAUGCAAUCAUUGGAAAAUACUCUGGAGAAAGUUACACGCCAGAAUAAGAGAGCGAGCAAGAUGAGGCGUUACAUCGUGGUUGAAGCUUUAUACCAGAACUCUGGGCAACUAGUUCCGCUAGAUGUAAUAAUCAGACUGAAAGAGAAGUAUCGCUUCCGUGUUCUGCUGGACGAGAGUAAUUCAUUUGGAGUGCUCGGAGAAUCUGGAAGAGGUCUAACUGAACAUUUUGGGGUCCCGGUUGAAAAGAUUGAUAUCAUAACGGCUGCUAUGGGAAACGCGUUGGCUACUUGUGGUGGAUUCUGUACGGGAAGUGUCAGAGUGGUUGAUCAUCAACGUCUUAGCAGCUCGGGCUAUGUUUUCUCUGCUUCUUUGCCUCCUUACCUUGCUACUGCUGCAAUUACUGCUAUUGACCUCCUGGAAGAAAAUCCUGAUCUGCUCUCAAAAUUGAGGAACAAUGUUGCAGUGCUAUGGCGAGGCUUAGCAGAGAUUCCCGGUCUUUCGAUUGCAAGUGAUCCAUUAUCGCCCCUUGUCUAUCUGAAACUAAAGAAUUCAACAGGUUCCUUUAAUACAGACUCACAUCUGCUUCAGAGUAUCGCGCAUCAUGUUUUGGAGGAAGGUUCAGUGUUAGUAGCUGCCUCAAAAAGAUCUAUGCUUGAUAAGUGCCAACUUCCGGCAGGUAUCCGGUUGUUUGUUUCGGCUGGCCAUACAGAGGCGGAUUUGCUAAAAGCAGCAGCAUCACUGAAGACAGCCUCGGAGUUAUUGCUUUCCAAGCAAGGGCAUACCUGAUCUUCUGUUCUUAAGCUUUGGAACAAAGAUAGACAAUGAGAAACAUAGUUGGUAGUUUUGUGCCGUAUGGAUCCUUUGCCAUCUUAUGUUAUUUAUUUAUUGAUGUUUUGAAUUAUUCUUACUGUAAGGUGUAAUUAUAACUAUUUUUUUUUUCUCUUAAAGAGGAAGCUGCCUUCAUAUUUUGAGGGGAAACGGUUAAAUUUAUUAAAAAGAAAAACCAAGAUCCGUUCAUCUCU